AUGUUCUGGGCAAAUCAUGGCUUGAGAAAAUUGAUUAUUGCAGCUUCUAACUUGAAGCUUGGCACCUCUCUACCACAGCAAGCAAACUUAAAACACAAGGUUCCUAAAAUAAAGAUAUCCACAACUAACAGGCCAGACGAGUACAAAACAAGCAUUAAUACUUCAAUCGUGGGUCAUGGGAAUGGGAAUACAACUAGGAAUCAACAGAAGCUGUGGGUCUGGAGAAUAUGGGAAUGGAUGGCAUAUAUCUACUUCAUAAUGAGUAAACAGAUGAGAGACAUUCGUCCAAAUCUCAAACCUCACACGAGUUUAGCUGCCUCCUACAGUAACAGCAAUUUCUCUCCAAUUAAAACAUUCCAUGUCGUGGUAUUGUUACCCAAAAAAACUAUAAUAAGGAAAACAUCACGGGGAAAAUUGGCCGACCAUUAG